AUGGCGCAUAGAAAUAGAAGCAAAAGCCGAGAGAGAGUUUUUCAGGACCGGAGGGAAUUUUGUCUAUCUGCUCAGGCCUCUUCCCAGAGGUCCGGCCCACCCAGUCCUGAUGUGAUCAGCAGCAGGUCCCCAGUGGACGACGUGUUUGUGGAGGAGCUCACCCACAAGUUCAUGCUUUUUGAGGGGCCUUCCCACGCCUGGGGAUACCUCGGCCUCUGUACAAGCCUGCAGCUCAGCAACAGACUCACCUUCCUCAAGCAACAGAGCUGCAGCCUACGGGAUCAGCGGUCACAACUCUGCCCACACCUCUGUGACCACUGCCAGUGCACUUCCAACAAGGAGGACCCAGGACUCGGCCCUAUUGUUUCUGUAAAGAACCAUACCAUCAAUUUCCAGAAGAUGACUUAUGAUGUCAGUCCCAUGCGACGGCUCUCCACCCCCUCAUCUCCCACGAAGUCGGUCACGUCUGUCUUCACCACAAAGUGGAUUUGGUAUUGGAGAGACAAAUCUGGCAACUGGGUUCAAUAUGGUGAAAAGAAAGAUAACCAGUACACCUCGAACAUCAACUCUUCGUACAUCGAGUCUCUGUAUCUCUCCUGUCCGCGGGGAAUUGUGCAGUUCAAGGCGGGGUCACAGGAAUAUGAACUGAGUUUCCAAGGGAUGAUGCAGACAAACACGGCUUCCAAGACUCAAAAGGAUGUGAUCAGAAGGCCAACGUUUGUGUCUUCCUGGGAUGUGGAGGAGCGUCGAAAAGGGCCAGACUGUCUGCCGGCACCGUCCCCGCCCGAGCCUGUCACCUCAAACGUUUCUCCUCAGUGGGACCAUCACCUGCCCCUGAAUGGAUAUACGUUGUCAACAAUCAGUGACCGACUUCCAGAAUAUGCUAGGAUCAGCGAGAGUUUUAAAGCUUCCAUGAAAAACUUCAAGAUUGAAAAGAUAAAGAAGAUGCAUAACCCCGUGCUCCUGACGGCCUUUCAAAGGAGAAAAUUAAGCAUGAAGAAUGCUAAUGAGAAAGCCCUGUUUCAUGCUGUGGACCGCCGCCACGUGGAGUCCAUCUGUGAGAGCAACUUUGACUGGACCUUCCACGAAACGCAUGAGGCCAAAUACGGAAAAGGAAAUUACUUCACCAAAGAAGCCAUCUAUUCCCACAAAAGUCUCCUGUCUGAUGACAAGAACAGAGUCAUGUUUGUAGCGCGGGUCCUGGUUGGCAAUUUCAUUGAAGGAAAUAGGACAUACACAAGACCUCCUCGCAGAUACUAUGAGGCCGAGACGCCAUAUGACAGCUGUGUUGAUACAAGGUUGAAUCCGUCUGUUUUUGUCGUCUUUCAGAAAGAUCAGAUCUACCCAGAAUAUGUGAUUGAGUAUACGGAAACAGACAAGGCCUGUGUGAUUAGUUAG